AUGAUGCAGAAUGUGUUGUAUGCCCUGGACUGUUGCGUGCAGAAAGUGCGCGACACCGUCCGGGACAGCGAUGCGGGCUCUGGCCUCCUAUCAAUGAGCGCGCUGUGCUGGGUGGUGAAGAGGAUGGAUCGCCUGACCGGCGCCGACCGUCGAAGGGCGACCAGCAUGGACAAGAUCCUCGUUUCGGGGUUGAAGGAGCUGCGGAAUAGGAUGAUCACAUUCAUCAAGGAACACGUCGCUCGCAAACGGUCGGGCCAUGUCGGACUGGGUGCCGACGCCUGUGACGACGACGCCGCGGAGCUCCCUUCGGCAUCCCAAGCAGUCGGUGUCGCCGACACCAGAGGAGAGGCCGGAGGCGGCGUCGACAAGGCAGAUGAAGAGGCAGGAAGGGCGGUGGCGCGGACCGCGGAUCAGGAAGAGGAGGAGGAGGAGGAGGAGGAGGAGGAGGAUGGCACCGAUGAUCAUGAUGAUAACGAGGAGGAGCGUGAGGAGCGUGAGCAGGGGCAGGAGAAGGACGAGGAGGAGGAGGAGGAGGAGGAGGAGGAGGAGGAGGACACCGAGGAUCAGGAUGAUAAUGAGGAGGAGCGUGAGGAGCGUGAGCAGGGGCAGGAGAAGGAGGAGGAGGAGGAGGAGCUGGUGGUGGUGGAGGAGUCGGGGGAGAAGCAGCAAGUGGGGGAGGAGGUGGUGGUGUUCCCGUGGGUCGAAUUCGAUCCCGAGGACCUGGAGGGAGCGGCGGCGGCGGCGGCCCUGGAGGCCACGGCGGCGGCGGCCGUGGAGGGAACGGGUGGGAGGUCGGCGGAUGGUGUGUACGAGGGAGGGGAGGAUGCCGACGUGGAGAAAGUCGGCGGUGAGGAGGCUCACGUGGGCAUUGUGGUUGGCGACGCGGAGGUGGAGGACGACGCCGCGGCCCCGAUGCAGACGGGCGUGGAGCCCACCGCAGGGAACGCCGGGGUGGAACGCCGGAGUGGAGCGGUAGAGGCGGGCCGUCAACCCGGUUCCUCAGCAGCUGGUCAGCAGGCACCGCCGGGCAACGUCGUCGUGCAGCUGCGACAGGAGAACAGGUGGUUGAGGGCUGAGAAUGCUCGUCUGGAGACGGCGCUCGGAGUGGAGAGGGGUCGGGUGGACAGUUUCGCGUUGGGGAUAGGCGGCCUCGUGGACAAGCUGAAGUCGUUGGCCGACCAGGUCGCCGCCUCCGACGCGGACGCGGCAAGUCGGCUGAUGGACGUGUCCUUGACCAUGGCGUCGACCGUCACGGAGAGAGUCACCGCCGACAUGGGUGAAGCAUGGGAUUCGAUGAAGGCGUACGCCGAACGGGCGGAGAGCUGGUUGGACGAUCUCGAGAAUCCGCAGGGUUUUAUGGCGGCGGAACGUACGACGGCGGUCGUCACCAUGGGCAAACACGUGGAAGCGGUGGUGGGCGAUGCGAGGAAGGGGUUGGAGGACUACUUUUCGAAGCACCUAGUCGCCGCGCAGACCAACAUCGCCGCCGCGAUAACUCAACGCGUCGCCAUGCCGCCGCCCACGCCGCCCGCCCCACCGAUAGCCGUCCCGGACGAGCUCAUGAAGGCGUUCAAGGCGGAAGUGUUGAAGGCGGUGGCUGAGGCCACCCAGCAGUCGUUUGUUGCGUCCGGGUUAAAGCUCAUGACCGAGGUGAUCGGCAACGUGGCGCCUGGUCGGCGUGGGUCGUCGCCGUCGGCCAACGAGGCAGACAAGCAGGGCCAUAAAAGGGGGGGCGGCGGAGAUGAUGCGUUGAGCGUGAACCCUAAGCGGAGCAAGAGAGCCGAUGGGAGCCGCGGCGUCGGCCAGGUGGGUCCAGGCGGCUCGCGGGGCAAGGGUGCCGAUGGGAGCGGAGGUACGAGCGUGGUCGACCAGCUCAAGAAGAAGGGGGCAAUGGUGCUAAGGACGCACAGCAAGGGCGAUGGAAUCAGGACUGCGCAGAAGGGCCCUGCCGACCAGGUUGCCGCUCAAGCGGCUGGACCAACAGCCCCGCCAUUGGUCGCCGAGAAGCCCCACAGUCUAGUAACCGCACCAACGGCGAUAGAUGGCGGCGCCAAAACCGUGAAGGGACCGCCUGUCGGGGUGGCGGGGACCACGUCGAUUCCCCGCAAACCCCCUGCGGCUAGCAGCGCGCCGGUCGCCCCGUCAGCCGCAAACAACGAUGGGCCGUCCCUUGCGGCUACUCCAGCUCCAGCGCCAGCAGGCCCGUCUGCCGCCAAGGGCGACGCGGAGGAUGCUGCGGCUAACCGCGCUGGUCCGCCCAGCCCAAAGGAGAACGCGCUCAGGGACAUGCUCCGCCGCAUGGAGGCCCAUCGCGGGGACGUGCAGCAGCCUCCCUUGGUCGGUGCCGCUCCGGCCAUAACAGCACGUCGCUCGGGCACUCCGCAGGUCGCCGCCACAACGUCCAGUGCCCCACCUACCGCGCCUAUCAUCGCCGCCCGUCCUCCUGUGGACCCAAAGUCCGCUUUGCUUCACGCCCGGUUAGGCGCACGUACCGCGGCAG